CAUUUGUACUUUUGUGUCACCGAUAUAAUAAUGUAAUAUUUAGUAAUACAUCAGUUACAGGUGCCAUUCUGCUGUGAUACUUUAUACUUUACGUCACUGAGAUUCUCAGUGCCACACCUGUACUUGCGGCAGAGUGUGUCCACAUCGUAGUAUUUCUAUUUUUGCUGUUGUUUUUUUUAGUAGUAUCCAUCCUUCCACUGUGUGAAUGAUGAGGCAGCUAGUGACGCGCGCGGACUCAUUGUAAAAGGGAGCGCGCUCUCGGGUGCGCGCGGCGCGGUGUGCAGAUGUGUCGCAGAUUUUGUAAAGUCACUGGACGCACGGAAAGAUCCAGCAGAAGGAAGUCGCUCCGGAUAAAUGGGCCCGUAAACUGACAGGAAAACAAAGCGGCUGUGGGAGAAACGGGAAGAAGAGGACAGGAGCGAAGGGCCGCUGUCACGAGCGGUCAACGUUAGCUUAGUUUGUGAAGGCGCGAGACGUUACUUUGACAGUUAAAAGCCAGAAGGACGGCGGCGUGCACGGAGAUGGAGCUGUCAGCGAUUGGAGAGCAAGUGUUCGCUGUGGAAUCAAUCGUCAAGAAAAGAGUUAGAAAGGGGAAUGUGGAGUAUCUGUUGAAGUGGAAAGGAUGGCCUCCAAAGUAUAGCACAUGGGAACCUGAGGAACACAUUUUGGAUCAGCGCUUGGUGCAGGCCUAUGAAGAGAAAGAGCAGAGAGAGAGAACAUUGGGGCACAGGAGAAAGGGAUCCAAGGCCAAAAGACUUAUUCUGCAGGACACUGUCUACACCAUGGAUCUCCGCAGUGCUCACAAGACUCCAGAGCAACCUCAGCCGCGCUUGCAUCUCUCCCUGACACGCUCUCUGCUCCCUGAGGAUGAGGAUGAGUCGUACAGCACCCUAGACCCACGACCACAGCUGGAACAUCGGAAGAGCAAACCCAGGAGGUCACAGUUCACGUGCCUUGACUCAAACCCUCCAAGUCCCACACAAGAGGACUGGGGAGAAGAUGAAGAUGAGGAAGAGGAUAAUGUAGAAAGUGAAGAGUAUAGAGAGGAGGAGGAGGAGGAGGAGGAGAAAGAGGAGGCUCUGAAGACGACAACAGAGAAGAGCGGUGGCACUUUAAAUGGACAGGAGAGGACAGUCGAGUGGAGCUCCACCGUCGGACCAGACGAGGUCACUGCAUCAGAGAAGCCAGGCGACGUCUGGAGGCCUGUCAUCUGUCCAGGGGAGGUGACAGUCACAGAUGUCACCCUCAACUCCCUCACAGUGACAUUCCGAGAGUCAAGAGUGGCCAAAGGCUUCUUCAGAGACUGGGGCCUGGAGGUGUGAUGU